AUGAUGGGUGGACACCAUGACCUGGAUGCGCACGAGCAGCCGUCGGAUGAGCUGCGGCUCAAGUGGAAGUCGUUCGCCAAAGUCGACCAGAAAAUCGUCAUGAACAGCCCCGAGAUCGAUGACUUGCGCAGUCCCGGAAAAGCCCCCGAGUUUGUCCAAAAGACGCUCCUGCGCAACAUCAUCCACCGCGAUCUUAACCAACCCCAUCACCAGACCAACAUGCAUCUCCAUUUCAAGCUCCCCUACCCACCCGUGGAUCCCGAAACAGGCCUUCAGGAAUCCUUCUUCUCCUACCCUCCAGAUUCCGAGACUUGUUUUGAGCCAAAGGACCCUUCUGUACACAAGCCUCUCACUUUUCAGCAAGUCUUCAACCGCAAGCUACACUGGGUCACCCUGGGUGGACAGUAUGACUGGACGAAUCGCGUUUACCCGGGCGAGCUGCCCCCCGAGUUUCCCAAAGACAUUGCCGGCCUUUUGGAGACCCUCUUUCCUGAGACUCUGGCCCAAGCGGCCAUUGUAAACUUCUACACCCCCGGCGAUACCAUGAUGAUGCACCGCGAUGUGUCAGAAGAGACCGACAAAGGCCUGAUCAGCUUGAGUAUAGGCUGUGAUUCGCUCUUCAUGAUUUGCCCCGAGGACUGGGGCAAGGUGUCGGAAGAGGAAAAGCAAAAGGGAUCCGCAGAAAGUGAAAGUGGCAAGAGCGACAAGAAGUUCUUGCUGCUAAGGCUACGGUCCGGCGAUAUCAUUUACAUGACCAAGGAGUCCAGGUUUGCCUGGCAUGGUGUGCCCAAAAUCUUCAAGGGCACCUGUCCCGAGUGGCUGGAGGAUUGGCCCGCGGAAGAUGGAAAGUAUGAGGCUUGGAGGGGCUGGAUGAAGAACAAGCGCAUCAAUAUCAAUGUUAGGCAGAUGAGGGACUGAGCCGAAUAACGCCACUAUCUUCAGCCACGGGCAUGUUCAGUCAACAGAAUGCCAAGUGGACAAAGGCUGUCAUAGAGCCAUGGCCGUCACCAUCCCAUUGUAAAUUGUCUGUGUCUCGUUCUCCAGGACACAGUUGUUUCUCCCUU